AGGAGGGGGAGGCGGAGGCGGCUGCAGCAUCCAGAGCUGGCCGCGGCGGCCGGCGCGCCCCGCGCACAAAGGCGCCCAGCCUCUGGGGAGGACGAUAAACGCACCGCAGCUCCGGCGGGUGCAGCUACCACUGUGUGCGCCUAGGGCGCUGAGAAAGAUGCCGGGCUCACUACGGGCCGGCGGCCGAGGCGCGGCCGGUGCGCCCUGAGCGCGAGACUCGCCGCCCUCUGGGUCAGGAGCCAGGCUUCUGAGCAGCUAGAGCGCGGGCCUCUGCGCGCCCCCAGGACCGGCGCAAUAAGGCGCUUCCCCACUCUCGGCCCGUCCCCCCGCGUCCUCUCGUCUCGCCUGAGCGCCAACUUCACCAAGAACGCUCUUAACUCUAGGCCAUCCUGCCUGGCAGAGGGGGCGCUGCUGCCGGGCACCAGCCUUGAGGACGCGCCCCUGGCCCUGGGGAGGAAGCCGGCAUCUGCGGGGUCGCUCGGGCGCCCCUGACUGGGCGGCGGCGGCAGCAGAAGCCUCUCCCGGGAGUCCAGGACCUGCCAGCGCUGGGGAUUCUUCCCGGGCAGGCGCUUGCCCUCUCUUUUAUGGAGCUUGGGCCCCCGCCCCAGCCUGCCAGAGGCUGUGGAGGUCUACGGUCCGGAAGCCGUAUUCCCAGCCCCGUGGCCCAUCCCGGGCUACAGGGAUUGCAGGCUCCCACAACGUAGCGGUGGCCUGCAGCGGCCCUAUACUGGAGGUGAACCAUGGGCCAGAAGCUCUCAGGGAGCCUCAAGUCGGUGGAGGUGCGGGAGCCGGCGCUGCGGCCAGCCAAGCGGGAGCUGCAGGGUGCAGAGCCCGGGCGGCCGGCGCGGCUGGACCAGCUGCUGGACAUGCCGGCGGCGGGGUCGGCUGUGCAGCUGCGGCACGCGUGGAACCCCGAGGACCGCUCGCUCAACGUCUUCGUCAAGGAUGACGACCGGCUCACCUUCCACCGGCACCCGGUAGCCCAGAGCACCGACGGCAUCCGCGGCAAGGUGGGCCACGCCCGCGGCCUGCACGCCUGGCAGAUCAACUGGCCCGCCCGGCAGCGCGGCACUCACGCGGUGGUCGGCGUAGCCACGGCGCGGGCUCCCCUGCACUCCGUGGGCUACACAGCACUGGUGGGCAGUGACGCCGAGUCCUGGGGCUGGGACCUGGGCCGCAGCCGCCUCUACCACGACGGCAAGAACCGGCCUGGCGUGGCCUACCCGGCCUUCCUGGGGCCCGACGAGGCCUUCGCCCUGCCCGACUCGCUGCUGGUGGUGCUGGACAUGGAUGAGGGCACGCUCAGCUUCAUCGUUGACGGCCAGUACCUGGGUGUGGCCUUCCGAGGCCUCAAGGGCAAGAAGCUGUACCCGGUGGUGAGUGCCGUUUGGGGCCACUGCGAGGUCACCAUGCGCUACAUCAAUGGCCUUGACCCCGAGCCCCUGCCACUGAUGGACCUGUGCCGGAGAUCCGUCCGCUCAGCCCUGGGCCGCCAGCGCCUGCGAGACAUCAGCUCCCUGCCCCUGCCUCAGUCUCUCAAAAACUAUCUGCAGUACCAGUGAUGCCGGGCACUGAUGCGCAGCGCGGCCGUGUCCUGCAGGGCCGUGCUGCGCUCCUGGCAUUCAUGGUCACAUGGCACUCUGGGGAAAGGAUCUCCCCUCACCCUGGUUCCCAGGGCAUUCAGUUCUCUGACAGGCCAGGACAUGGCACCAACUUUGGAAAUGAAAUGUCUGUUGCCAACAGUAUUUACUGCCCUCGGAGCAGUCCCCCCAAGUCAGACACCUCCUUGGGAGCCACAAAGAGCCUGGAGCCUGGAGCCCACAUCUGGAAAUCCUGCCCACUGACCAGGACACAGCGCCAUGGUAUUGAUCAGAGAACCUAUUUCCUUAUUCAAGAGAAUGAAUAAAACAUUCCGGCAGGAGACUUUCUCCUGUGUGCCCCGUUGCAGACAGGGCCAGAGGAAAAUUAGCCAAUACGGGGAAAAAAUUGCCUCUGAAUAAUGAAUGAUGAGAGCAGUUUGGUGCCGUGUCCCCCCCAACCCCCUGGACAGCAGGAUGGCCAUGACAUUUUAGUACUUUGUGCCACUUAAAGAGACUGUUCCCAGGAUGCCCAACCACAGAAUUGGCACGCGGAUGAAGCAGUGUGCAGCCACUUCCGCUUACCUCUGUGAACAUUGUUUACUGACCCCUUUCCACAUGCUGUCCCUCCCAGAUACACACGGUUCUCUGCACACCCUGGACACCUCUCUUCAGGGAAGCUGGGCCUGACUGAUUCACUCCAGGGAGGGCAUCCUUAUUAUUUUAAGUACCAUUUGCAUUUUAAAAGAGGGGUGUGGAGAGGACAGUACUUAGUCCAAAGGUGCUAAUGGGGGCCUGGGGAUGUUCUUGGCUGGGGAGCCUCCCUAGAGUGUCAAGGGUCUCUGGGCAGCUGUCCAUUCAGGGUGCAGCUUGGCUGUUGCAAAGCUUUAUUUGAGUGAAUUAUUUUUUCACUUUAGGAGAUUUCCACGAGUUUGCUUCCUGUUUGCAAUGUGUGUGUGAUGUGCUGUUUAUUUAUCAGCGUGGGGUCCACGGGGGUAGCCCUGUGACUGGAGAGGAGAGCGUGGGAGACAAGUUCUCCACCUGCUCCAAGCCUCAUCCUCUCACGGGAGAGUUGCUGCUGUUGCUGCUGCCACCGCCACCACCACCACUUGGCAUCUCAUGUGUGUGUUGGACCCACUCUACCCAGACUCAUUUUUAACUGGAAACAGUCACAGCAGUGAGAUACCGAGCCCCAGAUGGCACUGCCUCCCCCAACUUUAAUGUGAAUUUGAUGAAUGAGG